AUGGAGGAAAAGGCAACAUCCAUAAUUAUUUUUCUCAGCUUUUUGAUCCUAGCUUACAACUGAGUACUGAAGCUCAAAUUUUGCAUAUUGAAUUGAAUUCUCUAUGGAUCUCUAGUCGGUCUUUUCUUAUUUUGAAGUCUAGGCAUAUUUCUGAGAAGAAUAGACACAAAAUUCAAUAUCCUUGCUAACCAUGGCACAUAUUCUCAAGGACUCUGCAGCUAUAUUUCCUAUAAUAACAACAAAUUUUACCUUAUCUGUGGCAUUAUAGUUGGUAGCUAUAUUGGGUAUAAUUUAUCAAUCAUAUACUCUGCAUAUUUAGAACUAAAACCAUCAAUUGCCUUUUCCUACUUGGUUAAUUCUACUGGCUCAAUAAUAAUGACUUUAAUAAUGAUUGGAUUCGAAAAUUCAAAAAUUUUAAGACGGUUUUUACCAUUUUGUUACCCUGAGUCAUGCCCAUGAACUUAUUGUGAAUUUUUGAAAUCAUUAUAUAUUUCUAUAUCUCUUGGUGAAUAUGUAGGUCUUAUGGCGAUGAUUUAUUUAGGGUUUUUCGAAGUAAUGUAUUUAUUAGCAUAUGAAAUUGUGAUAGGCGUUGAGUGAUAUUUUAUAUUAGGAGGAGUUUGCUUAUGCUGCUGCUCUAUGACUUGUAUUGGAUAUUAUGAUGAAUUACAGAAAAGGAAAAAAAAGCAGGAAAAAGAAGGCGAAGUUGAGCUUGAUGAUAUAAGAACAGCUGUUUAA